AUGAUAUCCGAAGACAAUUCCUCCUGCCACCCAAAGGCUGCCAUGUCGACUAGCCUCAAUGUCAUGGACCCUAUGCAGAUCACCACGUCUGCCACCAGCAGACGAAACUUGUCUACGCUGGAGGACUUUAUCAGCGUUAUUUCUCAAACCAUGUCUUCUGCAGCCCCAGCUGUUCAAUACCCGUACGGAAUGGAUCGAGGUAUUCCCAACGACGCAAAGAUACAGUACGCCAUGUACUAUGUCGACCAAGGUUUGCAAAGAUUCCCAGAUUCUUACGACCUUAAGUAUUUUGCCCACAAAAUUGCCGUCAGACAAGGAAAUAUGUCAAAAGCUACCGAGUUCUUUAUGUCCUUACGCAGACUAUAUAAAGAUCACGAGCCAUUCAAAGAAUAUCUUGCACAAAUAGCUCAUUCUGUUAUUAAUACACAUGCGGAUGAAAAUUUCU